ACUAAUUAGUCUUACCUAAACUAUUCUGCGUCGCACUUUUUGAAGAGACUACGUGCUUUCGAUGUACUAUCAAUUGUUUACCAGUGUUGUUGCCAUUGAUUCGCAAUGAAAACCAAUGUUUGUCCAACCUCUUUUCUAUCAGUGUUAUUUCGCCAGAUCGGCAUAAAAAAGUGUAUGUUCACAAAUUAUUGAACCGCGGAGCUCCCAUACGCAAACUGCAACAAAUUGUGUGUACACAGUGCGAUGUGAUUAAUCAGAUGCACCUCUAACAGCAGCUUACCACCUCAUCGCUAUCAGUGUCUAGUGUCUGUACAUAUAUAGAUAAUGUUAUAUGUUUACUCGUUGAAUUCUGACCUCAGCACUCGAAUAACCCGAAUCGCAACGUUUGCUGGCUCUUUGUUUAUUUUUAUUCUGCAUACAUCUUUCACGUUCCCUCUCUGAUGAGUAAGGAAUAGUAGGACUGAAACAUUCAACGUCAUCGAUGCAGCCCAGAACAAAAAUGCUAAUGACUGUUGAGCCAUCAUGCACCAACAAGAAUCAAUCAUCAACCCGAAAUCGUGCACCCACUGUCUAGUGCAGUAUCGGAGCCGGUGAUUUAACCAUGGACACAUUCGUCAUGUUAUUGUUCGCGUUAAUCGUAGUUGUAAUAGCGCUAGUUUUCCUCUCGAAGCUGCUGUACGAAAAGUAUGUGAAAAAGGGCUCUCCGACGGUGGAAGCGACGACGACGACCGGGUCAGCGACCGGAACGACAUCCCUGCUGCCAGGCGUUGUAGGAGGCGUCACCGCUGCUGUCGGCAAGGAUGGCUCCCGACUAUCGGAGCCGAAGGAGGUGCUAGCAUCGAAAAAGGAUUCUCUCCUCGCGGCGAGAAAUGGUUCCUUGGGUGGUGGUGCCAGAGUCGGUGGUGGCUUCGGUAGCGGUGGCGGUGGAGGUAUGGCAUUUGGCCAGAAAUCGGGUGCUACUAUAGCUCGGAAGCGUAUCUCUCGCAGGAGUCCCGGUCCAGAGCUGACGCAGAAAAAGCGAACGGUAAUUCCCCCUUCAAACAUCAAUGGAUCGGAUCCGCAAGCAGUUCAAUGGGCCAUCCACAUAUUCCGAUGGCUUUACUCUGAUUUGGUCGUUGUGAACAAACUGCUACAGGACUGGGUUGGCACUGUCAACACUGCCCUCCUAUCAUACGUGGAGCAGCACGAGAUGAUCAUCGAAGUGGUACGAGUUUUACCGGAAAGUUUACCGCCGAAUAUGUCCAGCAUUCUGUGCGAACCAGCCGAACAGCAGAACGAAGUGGAGCUUCUCUUUGACGUCGAAGCCACCCCAGUCCUGCAGAUCAAAGCGUUCAAAUCGACCAAUCAGAAAACGGAAGUCUCACACUAUAAGGCAACCGUUUCCCGGUUGAGGACCCGAAUGAGUGUAAUCAUUAAUUUCUUUGCACUCAAGGGUGAAAUGAAAGUGGAAGGAUACCCCGAUAUCAAAAUCAACCUGAACAGUAUCGGUCCAUUGAAAACAGCAAAUGCUCAAGACGAAAAGAAACAAAGUGACCUCAUUGUUGAACUGCUGGCAUCCUCCAUACGGGAUGUCGUAUAUCCGAUCGACUUCUCCGUUUACACGACCUGUCCACGAUUGAUGGGCGAGGAACCGGAAGAAGUGAUGCCAAUGGAUUACUCAGGUUAUGGGUACAAUGAUAAUUACCGUUCGUACCAAGAUGAUGCGUUCAGCGCUAAUUUGAAUAUGGCACCAAAGAAACUUCUAGUCAAGAUCGCCAAGGCAGAGGGACUCCUGCAGUGUGCCCAACCGUUCUGCGUUGUUGAAAUGGACGAACCAGCUCAAAAAUACCAAACCGCCGGUAAAAUGGGACAAAAUCCUACCUGGGAUGACACCUUCCUAUUUGACUUGUCAAACCAUUCUACCGAAAUUCUAUUCGAAGUGUAUGACUCUGUAGCAGUAGCACCUGGAGGAUUCCAGAAGUUCUUGGGUUUGGGUCUAGUUGGAAUCGAUGAGCUCGCAAACGGUCCCGCCUUGAUACAGGUCCUCGAAUUGCAACCUAGACCAUACGAGACGGAAAACAUUACCGGCACACUGACAGUAGAGUUUGUAUUCAUCGACGCCCCACCGGCACCGGCUCCUCGACGGCAGUUUACGCAGCCAUCGUUCCGCACCAAUGGAGAACCGAACUUCGCUAGGGAUGGUAAAAGUCUCCUAUCCACAAGCGCUCCGGCCACCACCAAUAUCCACGCGAAUACGCUGCCGACUACCGGUAAUCUAUUAGUGUCAGCACCUACCUCACCAGCGAAAAAAUCUGUCAGUCUUGCCGAUAAGGUCAGCUUUAGCGAUCGCAACCAACGUUUCCAGGCGGCCAACACUAACCGAUUGAACAACUCCUUCCUCAAGCCCCCAUCGCUAUCCGAUUCUGGUUUGAAUGGCACUAAGACAUACUCCGAUUCCAUCCCGGUUUCGCCGGCGCUCUCCUCUGUCUCGCAAACCUACAGCAGCAGUUUAAGUACCGGCGCCCCGGAGAAUGUUACCAAGCGGACGAUAUUCGGUACCCUAAAAAACAAGCUUACGCUUUCGAGGAAGGCUAAAUCGGUGGACAAUCCGCAGUACAGUCCCACGCAUCCGGGUCAAAUUCAUAGUGCAUCGUCGACCCUUAGUCGCGGUUCCUCGAUGGAUCAGCGGUCAAACAUAUUUCCAAACAUCAAGAAUCUUUCACGGAAGUCGUCGAUUUCGGAGUCGUCAGCCUUAUCCGGAUUGUCAAAUUCAAGUGGCCGAACUUAUCUACACGAAGAGUCAACGCUGCUGUUAGAAACGCUAGAAAAUAACAUCUUACGCCACUACCUGGUCCCGAUCGAAGUCGCACUCCGACAGAAAACGUGGAAGCGCAAGGGAAUCAAGCUCCACGUGUACAACGAUCACACCUUCGUAGCGAAACAUAUUAGAGGAUCUGUUCUCUGUCACGUAUGCAAUCGCAGCAUCACGCGCCGUCCCGGUAAACAAGGUUACGAAUGCCGUGAUUGCCUUAUCCAGUGUCAUAAACCGUGCCACGUACGAACUCCACAGGCCUGUCCGAAUCCGAAAAUUCUUUCAGUGCAACUAUCGUCAAUGCCCCUAUUGAAAGAAUAAUGAGAUGAUUUCUAAGUAGAAUUAAUUCUCUAGUGCUUUGUUGAUGAAAUCUCAUUUACCCAAGUUACAGUGGCCGUUUAUGUAAGUGAACAGAGCAGAUCGGAUUCAAAUGAGCAUUUAAGGGAACACUAAUUAACAGACAUGAAGAGGAAUAUUCGGCACGAGAUACAGAAAUCCCGACUUAUUUACCAGUGGAUUUUUUGAUAUACUAUUGACCAUCAAAUUUUUACCUAAUAUACAACGAUUCAUGUGGUUGGAAACUUAAUCUGGCGAAGCUACAGCAAAGAAAGUGGAAAAAAAUGAAAUCGAACUGAACACUUUCAAUCAUCAGUUGAGUUCAUUGAUUUAUUUCAGAGUUUAAUAAGGUUAUAACUGGUAGCUAUAGUAGGUUGUGAGAACAAUCCUAAUUGUUGAGUAUGCAAAAUGAUAUUGCGCUCGAAUGCGUAAAUCUUAAAACGUUAUACUUAUGUAGUUCUGCUCUUCUAUUAUACUUAAAUUUAAUUCUAACACUAGAAAGCAGGUUAUUCUGGUCCACUAAAAUGCAAAUAUAACUUAUUGUUCCGAAU